CACACCCUGGGAGGUAGGCUAUCAAAGUUACCAGAAGCCUGUGGUCGUUUUCACAGCAAACACUUAACGGAGGAGCUGGGAGUCCUGUUCACGCUGACUGGAGGCAUCUCUGACGAACAAUGAAGUGAUAUGUCGAGUUGAUAACGAACUAUUACUUUUUUUCAGAAUGGAAAGAUAAGGGACUCUGUGAAAGGACGUAAUGGAAACCCUGCCAGUAGGAUGGACUGUGCACACCUGUGAACCGGAGGGAGACGGGGCAGGCCUGUUGAAGGGGGGAGUUACUGACACAAACUCUCAUGUCCAUGAUCUCUUUCAUGAAGAUGCACAGGGCUUGCAGCUGUCAAGCCAGCCCUGGUGGAGGAUCAAGCUGUUUGUCUGGGAGCCGGUGCUCUUCGGUACCUGGGAUGGAGUAUUUACCACCUGCAUGAUCAACAUCUUUGGUGUGGUUCUAUUCCUACGUACCGGCUACCUGGUGGGGAACACGGGCGUGCUGCUCGGGAUGUUCCUGGUCUCCUUGGUUGUUCUGGUGGCUUUAGUAACGGUGAUGUCGGGGAUCGGAGUGUGUGAGCACUGCGGUGUUGGGGGUGGAGGAAUCUACUCUAUGAUCUCCACCGUCCUGGGUGGCAGGGUCGGGGGGACAGUGGGCCUACUAUACGUCUUUGGACAGUGCGUAGCUGGAGCCUUGUACAUCACAGGUUUCUCCGAGUCAGUGGCGGAGCUGCUGGGACUACAGAGCCAGUGGGCGGUGCGCGGCAUGUCAGCGGUGGUGCUGCUGGCACUGCUGGGAAUCAACCUGGCCGGUGUCAAGUGGAUUGUUCGACUCCAGCUGCUGCUGCUGGCGGUGCUGGCCGUCUCCACACUGGACUUUGUCAUCGGCACCUUCACGCACCUUGACCCAGAACAUGGUUUCAUUGGUUAUUCACCCAGGCUGCUCAGAAGCAACACAAUGCCAGAUUACACCUCAGGAGAAAGCUUCUUCACCGUGUUUGGGGUCUUCUUCCCUGCUGCUACAGGGGUUAUGGCAGGUUUCAACAUGAGCGCAGACCUUCAGCGGCCUGAACACAACAUCCCUGUGGGAACACUGGCUGCUGUCUUCACCUCGUGGUUCCUGUAUCUGGUCUUUGUCUUCCUUCUGGGGGCCAUCUGCACCAGAGAAGCUCUGCACUAUGACUUCUUGAUAGCAGAAAAGGUAAAGCCCCAAAUCUGUGUUUCCAUCCUGCCCUGUCGGAGAGGCACUCUCAUCAGAAGGGCUAAGGUCUCCUUGGUGGGCUUCCUCUUUCUGCUGGGCCUCUACAUCUCCUCCCUGGCUUCCUGCAUGGGAGGCCUGUACGGAGCACCCAGGAUCCUCCAGUGCAUCGCCCAAGAGAGGGUCAUCCCCGCUCUGGCCUUCCUGGGAAGAGGGAAAGGCCCCAACAGGACUCCCGUGGCUGCUAUCUGUCUGACCAGUCUGCUCACCAUGGCCUUCAUUUUUAUCGGUCAGGUCAACGUGCUGGCUCCGAUCGUCUCCAUAAACUUCAUGCUCACCUACAGCUUCAUCGACUACUCCUACUUCAGUGUGGCUAUGACCUGCCAGCUGCAGAGUAAAGAGAAAAGGAGCACCAUCGGCCCGGCCAAAAGAUACCAUUGUGGCUCAACCAGGCAGAGCUCCAGGCCUCUGAUCGAGGAAUCUCUUCCGAGCUACGGGAGUGAAGGGGAGAGUCCGCAGCAGAUGAAAGGCACUCUGCUGGAGUUUACCAAGGACAUGGACCAAAUAUUUCCCCCAGUGUCAAAUGUUGAUGCUGGGCCUGAGAACACCUCCUCGAUGCAAGAGCUGAGCACUAGAUGCAAAGGCAGAAAAGCUCAAGUCACUCCUAAGCAGAAGCUGAUGGAAAGCUUUGGCUUAGACCUAAACAGGAAUAUGUUCCCUGAAGACAACGUAGAGGAGAUGAGUUCUGCUGCACAUGAGGAGGCUGGAGAAGAACCGCAGGAGUCAGCUGGUGACCCCCACCAUCACAGCACAGUUGCUGGAGGGAAAGUGGAGCACCAGAGCGUUCAAAUCAAACCUAUGCAGGAUUCUUUGUAUGUUAAAUUCUGCAACCACUGGGUCGCUCUCAUCGGGGCAUUGAGCUCCAUAGUGAUUAUGUUUGUUAUUCAAUGGGCUUACGCCUUAGCAAACAUCGUCUUAGCCUUGCUGCUCUUCUUCUACAUCGGGAAAGUGAGUCCUGGACUACCUAUAGGUGUUGCAGCUCGAUUCAGCUUUUUCAUGUGGCUCAAAUCAUCGUUGAAAAGCAUUUGCAGGGGGAAAGUGUCCCCUCAGGAUGAGAUCGUAGUCACCCCAUCUCUGUCCGGGGUUGGGCUGAGAACCAAGCAGCUGACGGAGGAAAAUGCUGACUUUGCCUCUCGUCAUCGAUAUCACCAAUCGUCUUUCAUAAGAACCGAUACAAUGGUGCAACCAGCCCAUUGACUGACAUAAACUCUGCCUCUGUUUCAUGUCAUAGCUGUAAGCCUGAAACCACAUUUCCUGCCUCAGACCACUUGGGCCACAUGCAGCGCACGUACACAUAAUGUUACAAAGGUUUCAUUAAAAUGAGUUAGUUUA